CCCAGAAAAAAAGUCCAGUACACAUACUCGGUACUUUCUUUUGACGCCUUUGUACGGCCAUCUCUCCUCAAAUUCCUCCUUCUCUUCUUCCUCGUCCUUCGUCUAGAUUUUACAUUCUGCCUUGACGUCGAAUUGCCUUUCUUUUCAACCUCUCGCCCAACAUGUCUUCCGACGAAAUCGUCUGGCAAGUCAUAAACCAGCAAUUCUGCUCGUUCAAAUUAAAGCUCAACACCAAAGAACAAAACUUUUGCAGAAACGAGUACAACCUGACUGGGUUUUGCAACCGACAGUCUUGUCCACUUGCGAAUUCACGCUACGCCACCGUCCGACCAGACCCUGAGACGGGCGCCCUGUGUCUUUUCAUCAAGAGUCCCGAACGAGCCCACCUGCCCUCGAAAUGGUGGGAGAAGAUUCGCUUGCCGAACAACUACGAAAAGGCCCUCGCCCAGAUCGACGACAAACUGGUGUACUGGCCGAAAUUCUACAUUCACAAGUGCAAGCAGCGGCUGACGAGGUUGACACAAGUGGCCAUUCGGGAAAGGAGAAUCGCAAAAGAGGAAGAGAGGCUGGGUGAGAAGUUGGUCCCCAGAUUGGCGCCCAAGGUGCGUCGCAGGGAAGAGACGAGAGAACGCAAGGCCGAGAGUGCGGCCAAGGUCGAGAGGGCGAUCGAGAGGGAACUGAUUGAACGAUUGAGGAGUGGGGCGUACGGUGAUCGGCCCAUCAACGUCGAGGAGGGCGUGUGGAAGAAGGUGUUGAGGGGCUUGGAGAGAGCCGAGAAGGGAGAGGAAGAGGAAGACAUCGAAGCCGAAGAGGAGGAAGAAAUUGAAGGCGAGGCCGAGGUCGAGUACGUUUCGGAUGUCGAAGAGAGUGACGGCGAAGAAGCAAUGGAAGAUUUCGACGAUUGGUUCGGCGGAGAGAGUCCCGAUGAAGAUGAAUUUUCCGACGAAGGUGACAGCGAUGAGGACAGCGACGAGCCCAGCGAUGAUGAAGGUGAAGAUGACGAGGAUGAUGCCAGCGCUGUCGUUGGCAAGAAGAGGAAGCGAGCAGUACCACCACCUUCGAAGAAGAAACAACCCAAGAAACGAGGCAAGGUGGAGAUUGAGUACGAGACCGAGUUGCCACAAAAGCAGGCACUCUAUGCUUGAGCGAUUGGGACAAAGCACGCAAGCACGUUUAUGAACCAUUCAUUGUCAGUUUUAAAAGCAGUUUUAAAAGCAGUCAUUCUCAUAGCAUGAAGGAGUUUGGGGAGGCAUCUUCAAUAUUUA